GUUAGCUGACACGGUGUAAUUUGUUGAAAAAUUAAACUCUAAUCCCGUUAGGACUUUGGAAAAGUGGUUGAAAAUGGUGCUGACACAAGCGCUGAUUUUCGGCGUAUUCCUUAGUUUUGCAUCGGCUCUGCAGCUGGAAGGACUUUCCACCAAAAAACCUAGAAUUACAAAAUACACCCUUAAACCGACGGCGAAUUCCGGAACUGCGACACCGUCUUCGUUAUCACUGUACAGGUUAAAUGGGAGUAGCGGAGCCACUUGCAUUUUGAUACAAACCGAUGGACUUCUCAGUAUUCAGUAUCGUGAUAAAUAUGGGGAAGAUAAGGAAGCUGACACGUUUAUGCCCGAUCAGAUGGACAUUUCCGGUGAGUGCUGGGAGGAUGAAUCACGUGUUACGCUUGGUUGGAAGGGGUUCAUUCUGAACAUGUAUUUCUCAAAGACUCCCGGUGGUGAACGGUGGUACGUAAACAAUGUCGAUCUCUCGUAUUCGUCGUCAAACAAUAUAUUCGAGCAUAUCGAUCGACCCGGUUUAGAUGUCAAGCUAUCAACACCACCUGGAACACUGCUUUUUCCGACUCCUGUCGGAAAAUCCUACACAUGUGAUCAGGAAGUUAUUAUCACCAUGUUCUCACAGGAUGAAAACGACAAAGCGGGUCAUCUAGCGAAACUGUAUUUAAGAGAACUGAGAAUGCAGAGUUUUAUGUACAAGUCGUCCAACACGUGGGGACCAACGUUCCAGUGUAGUGCUACCGGAACUUAUCGUGAUGAAACUGCGCCAAUCGCUGUAGGAUCCACUCUUGCAAUUGUUACUGUCUGUACUGUUGUCGGUUACGGCUUGUGGAGAUAUUUCAAGGUCAAAAAAUUCCAGUACGGAACUAUGGCUUAA